AGAGUGUCUGUCACUAAGCAACGGGACGCUGAACCGCCCCACUCCAGGGCUGCAGCUCUUUCAACUUUCCUUUUAUGCAGACAUGUAGCUUAGUACAUUUACUCCAACCAGUAUUUUUCCUGGAGCUGUCACAAACCAGUUCCCCCUUUUUCGGCUUUACCGAGGUAACAAGGCUAAAGCUUGCGAUGGUGAUAUGAAAAAUCAUGUCCGACGACGAAAGUGUGCCUUGUUUCCUGGAGGACGUCAGAGUAAAGUUUGUGGAGGAGAAAGUUUGUGGACUGCUGAGACUGCAAAGUCAAACAUGGGAGAAGAGUGCUGUCAACGAGGAGUUUCAAACACUUCUAAAAGACUUCCUCGAGAAAGAGUGUUUGAUAUAUUUCUCUUUAUCAAACAAAGGUUUUCUGCUCAGUUCCAAGAAGGUCCAACCUGUUGCUCAAAACAAGCACAUUUUCAUCCUCAAGAAGACAGUUGUGACUGUCACGACUGACAACUACAGGGAGCUGUUGCUUUUUGGCCAUCUUUCUCCAUCACUGCUAUUGCAGCUGUUAAGCACAGUUGAACAGAUAUGUUUCCCACUGCUGUCCAACAAUAAAAACCAUCAGAUGUGGCCAAAUUUGAUGUCUGAAGACAUUGUUCGACAUGUUGAGAGCAUGUGCAGUAAGACAUUGGUCGUACAGGGGCAGGUUAUAGGUAAAACUAUACUCCCUGUCCCAGCUGCAACUGAUUGGAUUGAAAAAUCUUGCGCUACCUUCAAAAUGUACAAUAGCUAUGACCGGGCACUUGCCCAUGCCAUAGAGACCCAGGUCAUCAACUGGACCAAUCUAAUCCAGAAAAUUUUGAAGGAGGAUUCAUCAGACCUACUCGUGACAGGCUGUAAUCCAGGACCCAAUGCAGAGCUCCAGUUUUGGGCUUCAAGGAAGAGCAACUUACAAGACAUUUACCACCAGCUCCAGAGUCCCAUUGUUCUGAAAAUGGCAAAGAUGUUGGAGAUGCUGGAUAGCAGCUAUUUUCCCAUGAUCAACACUCUAAUAGGGAAUAUAUUUGAUGCACUUCAAGAAGCCAAAGACAUUGACCUCUAUCUGCAGCCACUACAUGUACAACUGUCUCAAUUGGAAAAGGAAGAAUUCCCUCACUUGGAAACAUUGAUCCCUGCCCUGUUUCAUACUCUCUAUCUGAUAUGGACCAACUGCCAGGCUUAUCAGAGACCAGCACGCAUUGUGGUGUUACUGCAGGAACUUUGCAAUCUUCUCAGUGAACAGGCGUCUACAUACCUCUCGGCAGAUCUCCUGCUCAGAGACGAUCCAGAGGAAAGUCUACAAAUGGUGAAGGGUGUGAUCAAAGUGUUAAGAUGUUUCAGAAACUGUUACCAGACCCAGAGGGAGAGGUUGGCCGACCAUGUGAAACACUCACCGUGGGAUUUCCCAUCUGCCAUGAUUUUUACACGAUUCAACCAGUUCCUAAAGCGUAUGCUACAGCUGGAGGACUUAUUUGAAACUAUGCUAGACUUUCAAAGGAUGGAAAAACUGGAAUUUGGUGGACUAAAGGGCAAACUCUACAGCGAGCAUGCUGCUCAGAUGUAUGGAGAGUUCUGUAAGCACUGCCAAGCUCUGAAGCAAAGUGACAACAGCCCACUUGACUUUUCUCAGGAUUUUGAAAAUGACUACAAGGAGUUCAAAGUGAAGGUUGUGGACUUUGAAUGCCGUCUUGCCAGCCUUCUAUGCCUGGCCUUUAAGGAUUGCUCAGGACUGGAAUCUGCAUUUAAACUGUUCACUAUUGUUGGGCCCUUUCUGGAGAGGAGACAAAUCCGAGAGAUAUUCAGCCCAAACUUCCUUCUUCUGCAGCAGCAUUUCAGGAAAGAGCUGGAGAAAUGUAGAUGUCUGUUUACAUCCCAGCUCAAUCAGACGGAGAGUUGUCAGACUAAAAACAUGGCUCACACAUCUGGAGCUUUGAAAUGUGCAAAAAUGCUCAGAGAACACAUUCAAACAUCAUGGGAAAAAAUCAAAACAAUGUUUAAAUGGUAUGCAGAAGGUGAAGAGACGCUAAAUGAGUACUACAUGUACAUGGAGUUGUCCGGUCUUCUGGACCAGUAUGAGGAGGACAUGUACUCUGACUGGUGUAAUGGUUUAGAACAUGCCUGCCUGUUCAACCUGAACCAGCCCCUUCUCUCACGAGAUACCUCAUCUGGCCUGAUCUCAGUCAACUUUAAUCCUAAACUGACUGAAGUCUUGAAAGAUGUGAAGUACAUUCAGACUCUCAGACACAUCGAGAUCCCUGCUGCUGCCGUGUCUGUUUUUGAGAAACGCUUCAUGUUCACAAAAUACACGAGCAGUCUGCAGUUAGUAGUGCAAUGGUACAACAAGUUAAAGCAAACGGUGCUAGAGGUGGAACUUCCUCUAAUCAGAGCUGAGCUGGAGUCCAUAGACCUACAGUUAACAAGAGCAGAGUCUGACCUGACAUGGCAGGAUCCAGACUGCUGGAGCUUUAUCAGCACCACAAAGAACCUUGUCUACGACAUUGUAUGUCGAGUCACUAAAGCCAGGGAGAACUGUGAAGCUAUCCAGUCAAUGAUGAAGGGAUGGAGCAAACAGGUUAUGUUCUGCAGAAAGGACAACAAGAAAGGCUCGCUCAUACAGCUGGAAGACAGGGAAGAGCGUGUCAAGAAGAAGUACAGCUCCAUGAAGAAGGAUGGAGACUCCAUCCAUAAGAUGGUAAAAGAGAACAUGGCUCUUUUCUGUGCUGAGCCUGAAUCCGAAGCUUGGCAGUCCUAUCUGGAGUAUGUGGAUGAGAUGGUGGUGGAGGGGCUCUUCAGCUACAUCAGCCACUCUCUUCAGUUCUUUGUGGACAACAUGGAAUCAAAGCCAAAACAGACACCUCUGCUUGAGGCUCAGUUGACACUGAGUUGCUCGGGAAUGGUCUUCCUGCCCUUGUUGGAACCAGAAGCAGGAGAUGGCUUCUAUGAGCUGAUAGAAGGACUGAUCAGGGACAUAUUCAAGACUUCAGAGAGUAUUAACAGAGUGGCUUCUCAUCUUAGCACAGAGAACUACCAGGAUGUGAUGGAUGACAUGCUAGAUUUGCUGGAACUGAGACAAGAAAUAAUGGAACAAGUGGAGAACGUCCUCAAGAAAGCAAUAAAUUAUCAGAGAAAAUUUGACUGCUACACCCAUCUCUGGCAAGAUGACAGGGCUGAGUUCCUUAGCCAGUUCCUCCUGUUUGGACGUGUGCUUACAGCUGAAGAGAUGGAGGUCUAUGCAGCAGAUGCACUUUCUGAGAGCCCACCUACAAUUGAUGCCUUCAAAGAACAGAUAGAUUACUAUGAGGAGCUGCAUGCUGAAAUGUCCAAGAUGGAAGACUUCAGAGUAUUCAAUGGAUGGUUUAGGGUAGAUAUCAAGUUCUUCAAAGUGAGCCUCCUUAACAUUUUGAAGAAGUGGAGCUGGCUUUUUAAAGAACACCUCUUGACAUAUGUCACCAACAGUCUUGACGAGCUGCAGAAGUUUGUCGGAGCCACUGUUGAAGGACUGGGCCAGUCUGUGGCUAAAGGUAACCACUGUGGCUUGGUGGAAGUGAUGAGUCACCUUUUGGCUGUGAGAGACAGACAGACAUCUACAGACAAAAUGUUUGAGCCUCUCAGAGACACAGUAGUUCUUCUGGAACAAUAUGGAGUGACCAUACCAGAGCAGGUCUUCUCUCAGCUGGAGGAACUUCCUGAGAAAUGGAGUGAGGCAAAAAAACUGUCCGUAAAAGUGAGGCAUGAUGUUGCACCAAUGCAGAAUGCAGAAGUGAUGGUUUUACGAAGACGAUGCAUGGCAUUUGAGAUGAAACAAAAACAUUUCAGGGACAUGUUCAGAGCAAUGACACCCUUCAGUUACGAUGCAAUGUGUCCCUAUGACAGUCUGGACAAAUCUGAAAGAGCAAUCCGAGACAUGGAGAAAGAGGUAGCAGAGCUACAGGAGUCCACAAAUCUGUUUGAUGUUACCAUUUCUGACUUCAAAGACAUCAAGCUCUGCAGACGGGAGAUUGUGGUCCUCAAAGAACUGUGGGACAUUGCUGUGUUGGUGCAGAGCAGUGUGGAAAACUGGACAAUGACCAAAUGGAGGCAGAUAAACGUGGACCAGAUGGAUGCAGAAUUGAGAAGGUUUGCCAAGGACAUGAGGAAGCUUGACAAAGAGGCUCGCGUAUGGGAUGUGUAUUCUGGGUUAGCCCUUUAUGUAAAGAACCUGUUGACGUCAUUGCGGGCUGUGAGUCAGCUACAGAACCUGGCAAUAAGAGAGCGCCACUGGGUGAAGCUUAUUCGAAUGACACAGAUGGACUUCACUGUGACCGACAGCACCAAGUUGGGAGACCUCUUGGCGCUGCAGCUCCAUUUGCUGGAAGACAAAGUCUGCAACAUAGUGGAUAAAGCUGUUAAAGAAAUGGCCAUAGAGAAGGUUGUGACACAAAUACGUCGAACAUGGGAAUCAAUGGAGCUUUCGUACGAAAAUCAUUACCAAACUUCUGUGCCACUACUUAGAUGUGAUGAAGAACUUAUUGAAACUCUUGAGGAUCAUCAGGUUCAGCUUCAGGGCAUCUUUCAGAGCAAGCACGUAGAUCAUUUCCUGCAUCAGGUGGUGGUACUACAGAAACAGCUGACUGUAGCCGACUCUGUGCUGAUGGUCUGGAUGGAGGUCCAAAGGACAUGGGUCUAUCUGCAAAGCAUCUUCAAAGGCUGUGAUGACAUCUGCCAACAACUGCCUGCAGAUGCACACAGAUUCCAAGCAAUAGAUGUUGAAUUUCAGGAGCUAAUGCUAGGCAGUGCUAAGACAAAAAAUGUCAUUGAGGCCACCAACAAACUUGGUCUUUUUGAGAAGUUAGAGGAUCUACAAAGAAGGCUGGCAUUGUGUGAAAAAGCUCUUACUGAAUACCUGGAGACAAAGAGACUUGCCUUUCCCAGAUUCUACUUUAUUUCAUCAGCAGACUUGUUGGAUAUCCUCUCAAAAGGCAAUCGUCCCAAAGAGGUAACUUUUCACCUCUCAAAAUUAUUUGACAACAUGUCAGACCUGGAGUUUGCCAAAAAUGAAGAGCUGGAUAAUCCUAAACUUGCAGUGGGCAUGUACAGCAAAGAUUGGGAAUACGUCCCAUUUAAGACUGAAUGUCCUUGUCAGGGACCGGUGGAGGCAUGGCUCACUUGUCUGGAGGAGACUAUGAGAGAAAGUGUCAAGGGUCACCUGUCUGAGGCUAUAUCUGUGUACGAGGAUCGAACCAGAGAGCAGUGGAUCCUUGACUUCGCUGCACAAGUGGCUCUCACUGGAUCCCAGAUCUGGUGGAGCAACGAUAUGGAGCUUGUGUUUAAAAGACUGGAGGAAGGAUUUGAGUCUGCACUGAAAGACUACAACAAGAAACAGAUCUCACAACUCAACUUGUUGAUCAGCAUGCUGCUUGGAGAGCUGAGCUCUGGCGACAGGCAGAAGAUUAUGACUAUAUGCACCAUUGAUGUCCAUGCUAGGGACAUUGUUGCCAGCCUCAUAACCCAAAAAGUCACCAACUCGCAGUCCUUCCAGUGGCUUUCUCAGCUCCGACAUUGCUGGAAUGAACAGCAGCAUCACUGCUUCGUUAACAUCUGUGAUGCUCAGUUCUUCUAUUCAUACGAGUAUCUUGGAAACACACCACGUCUCGUCAUCACUCCCCUUACAGAUCGGUGCUACAUCACCCUAACUCAGUCACUCCACCUGACCAUGAGUGGAGCCCCUGCAGGCCCUGCUGGAACAGGGAAGACUGAGACCACUAAAGAUCUAGGCAGAGCAUUGGGCGUGAUGGUAUACAUCUUCAACUGUUCUGAGCAGAUGGACUACAAGUCCAUUGGAAAUAUUUACAAAGGUCUGGCCCAGACUGGAGCAUGGGGCUGCUUUGAUGAGUUCAAUCGUAUCGCUGUAGAUGUUCUGUCUGUGGUAGCAGUGCAGGUCAAAACUAUACAGGAUGCCAUUCGCUGUAAGAAGAGAAGGUUUCUAUUCCUUGAUAAAGAGAUUGCCUUAAAGCCCUCUGUGGGGAUUUUCAUCACGAUGAACCCUGGCUACGCAGGCAGGACAGAGCUGCCUGAGAACCUCAAGGCUCUUUUCAGACCCUGUGCCAUGGUGGUGCCCGACACUGAACUUAUCUGUGAGAUCAUGCUGGUGGCAGAGGGCUUCCGCAGUGCUAAGCUCCUCGCCAGGAAGUUUAUUUCUCUGUACACUCUCUGCAAAGAGCUGCUCUCCAAACAGGACCACUAUGACUGGGGUCUGCGUGCUGUCAAGUCGGUUCUUGUUGUGGCCGGGACACUGAGAAGGAGAGACAAGAGUAGACCGGAGGAUCAGGUGCUAAUGCGUGCGCUGAGGGACUUCAACCUGCCUAAAAUAGUGACUGAGGAUGUGAUCAUCUUCCUGGGACUGCUGGGAGACCUGUUCCCAGGCCUGGAGGUGGAGAGAGAGAGAGACUUUGAAUUUGAAAUGGCCAUCCGGAAGACCACACUGGAGCUCCGACUCCAGCAGGAGGAGGCGUUCAUCCUAAAGGUGGUGCAGUUGGAGGAACUCAUGGCAGUGCGUCACUCUGUGUUUGUUCUUGGAAAUGCAGGGACUGGGAAAAGCAAGAUACUGAAAGUUCUCCAUCACACCUAUGUAAACUUGAAGAGAAAACCAGUAUGGAACGACCUCAAUCCAAAGGCAGUGGACAGAGAUGAAUUGUUCGGCUUUAUCCAUCCUGCAACUCGAGAGUGGAAAGAUGGUUUGCUUUCAUCACUGAUGCGAGAGCAAGCAAACAUCUCCCACAAAGGACCUAAGUGGAUUGUGUUGGAUGGAGACAUUGAUCCGAUGUGGAUUGAAUCACUCAACACAGUGAUGGAUGACAACAAGGUUCUCACUCUGGCCAGUAAUGAACGUGUGCCCCUGACUUCUUCCAUGAGACUGGUGUUUGAAAUCAGUCACCUAAAGACAGCCACUCCUGCUACUGUGUCCAGAGCAGGGAUUCUCUAUGUUAACCAGCAGGAUCUGGGCUGGAACCCGUACGUUGCAAGCUGGAUUGACCAACGAGAACGGCAAACAGAGAAGGCUCAUCUAACCAUACUGUUUGAAAAAUAUGUUCCUCGUUGCGUAGAACAGAUGCGAAAAACCUUCAGGACCAUCAUUCCUAUCCCAGAAAACUCUAUGGUGCAGACACUCUGCACUUUGCUUGAAUGCCUCCUUACAUCAGAGAAUAUUCCAUCUGACUCUCCACGGGAGCUCUACGAGACCUACUUUACUUUCGCCUGCAUCUGGGCUUUUGGUGGGGCCCUGUGUCAAGAUCAGCUCUAUGAUUAUCGUGUAGAGUUCAGUCAGUGGUGGACUAAAGAAAUGAAGACAGUGAAGGUACCAGGACAGGGCACAGUGUUUGACUACUACCUUGACCCUCAAACCAAACGCUUUCUGCCGUGGAGUGAAACUGUCCCUUCAUUUGAAAUGGAAACUUGUACGCCAUUACAGGCUGUUGUGGUACACACAGCAGAGAGUGUGCGUCUUCGCUACUUCAUGGACUUGUUGCUGGAGAAGAGACAGCCAGUGAUGUUUGUGGGGAAUGCUGGAGUGGGGAAGACUGCACUUGUCAGGAACAAGUUAGACUGUCUGCCAGAGAGUUACUUGACUACAAAAAUACCUUUUAACUACUACACUACUUCCCUCAUGCUGCAGGGGGCUUUGGAGCGAUCAUUAGAGAAAAGAGCAGGCAGAAGCUACUCCCCUGUGGGCAACAGGAGGAUGAUCUACUUCAUAGAUGAUCUGAACAUGCCAGCUGUUGACAGUUUUGGAACAGUGCAAGCUCACACACUCAUACGCCAGCAUCUUGAUUAUGGUCACUGGUAUGACAGACAGAAACUGACCCUGAAAGAAGUACACAAUACCCAGUUUGUGUCCUGUAUGAAUCCAACUUCUGGGAACUUCAAUAUCAACCCAAGACUACAGAGACAUUUCUCAUUAUUUGCGGUGAACUUUCCCUCCUCUGAGACACUGAUGUCUAUCUACACUCCCAUCCUGUGUGGCCACCUGAAGCACCAGCGCUUCAGUCCACUAGUUCAGAGGAGUUCUACUGCUGUGAUCCAAGCUGCCAUAAGUCUCCAUCACAAGAUGCUUCACAGCUUUCUGCCCACAGCCAUCAAAUUUCACUACACGUUUAAUCUAAGAGAGCUGUCUAAUGUCUUUCAGGGCAUCCUCUUUGCUGGGCCUGAGAGUGUGAAAGAGAGCACCGACCUGGCACUGUUGUGGCUCCACGAGUCCUGCAGGGUGUACUCAGACAGACUGGUAGAUGUCACGGACCUGCAGCUCUUCCGGAAGCUCCAGAUGGAGACUGUGCAUGAAUGCUUUGAGGGACUGGAGGACAAAAAGGUGACAAAGCAGCUCCUCCUCUAUUGCCACUUUGCCCAAACAGGCGAUGAAGCCUCCUAUACUCCUGUUACAGACUGGUCUGCCCUCAAGUCCAUCCUCACAGAGGCUCUAGAAAGCUACAAUGAGCUCAAUGCAGCCAUGAAUCUAGUGCUUUUUGAAGAUGCCAUGCAGCAUGUCUGUCGCAUCAGUCGCAUCCUGGCAUCUCCAAGGGGUCAUGCCUUACUGGUUGGGGUGGGAGGCAGUGGGAAGCAGAGCCUGACUCGUCUGGCUGCCUACAUGUCCUCUGUGGAAGUCUUCCAAAUCACUCUGAGUAAGGGUUACAGUAUCCAGGACCUCAAGAUGGAUCUGGCAGGCUUGUUCAUAAAGACUGGAGUGAAGAACCAGCGAGUGGCUCUUCUCCUUACAGAUGCACAAAUACCUGAUGAGCGGUUCCUUGUCAUUAUUAAUGACUUGCUGGCAUCAGGAGAAAUUGCUGAGCUGUUCAACGAGGAGGAGGUUGAAGGUAUCGUUUCGAGUGUGAGAGCUGAGGUCCGAGCCCUUGGCCUGCUGGAUAACAGGGAGAACUGCUGGAGAUUCUUUAUAGACAGAGUUCAGCUACACCUCAAGGUGGUACUGUGUUUGUCUCCGGUGGGCAGCACCCUUCGUGUUAGAGCCCGUCGAUUCCCUGCUCUUGUUCAAUGCACCACCAUUGACUGGUUCCAUCCUUGGACCCUCGACGCUUUGCAGUCGGUCAGCUUUAGGUUUAUCCAAGAGAUAGAGGGAAUUGAGCCUGCCGUCCAGGAAUCCAUCAGUCUUUUCAUGGCCUACGCUCACACCAGUGUCAACCAGGCAAGUGAAAAAUACCAGCGCAAUGAGAAGAGGUACAAUUACACCACCCCCAAGAGCUUUCUCCAGCAAAUCACCCUGUACAGGAACCUUCUGGAGAAGAGUAGGGCUCAGCUCCAGCACAAGAUGAACCGGCUUGAAAGCGGCCUUCAAAAAAUCCAAACCACAGCCACUCAGGUUGAGGAUCUUAAAGCUAAAUUGGCAUCCCAAGAAUCUGAGCUGACCUUUAAAAAAAAGAAAAUUGAAGCUCUAAUUACAAAGAUUGGACAGCAGACUGAGAGGGUUAGCAGCAAAAGAGAGGCUGCAGAUGUUGAAGCACAAAGGGUUGCUGUCAUCCAGGCAGAAGUCUCAGCCAAACGGAGAGAUUGUGAAAAUGACCUACUCAAGGCAGAGCCAUCACUGACAGCUGCCACAGCAGCACUCCAUACUCUCAACAAGGUGAAUCUUACCGAGCUGAAGGCCUUUCCGAACCCUCCAGCUGCAGUGAUCAAUGUCGCAGCAGCUGUGAUGGUUCUGUUAGCUCCCCGCAGUCGAGUGCCUAAGGAUCGGAGCUGGAAGGCGGCGCGGGCCUUCAUGGGCAAGGCGGAUGUUUUCCUGCAGGCCCUGAUGUCGUAUGACAAGGAGCACAUCCCUGAGUCCUGUUUGACUGUGGUGAAAAAAGAGUAUCUGAGAAACCCGGAGUUCCACCCGGAUCUAGUUCGGACCAAAUCUACAGCUGCAGCUGGUCUCUGUGCCUGGAUUAUUAACAUCGUCAGAUACUAUGAAAUUUAUUGUGAGGUCAUUCCAAAGAGGCAUGCAUUAUCACAAGCUAAUGCUGAACUAGAAGUAGCGACAGCUAAAAUGUUAACAGUUCAAAGGAAAUUGCUGGACCUUGAUGGCAGCCUCCAGAGCCUCACAGCUCAGUUUGAAAGGGCUACAACUGAGAAAAUCAGCUGUCAGGAGGAGGUGACACGUACCAACCAGAUCAUUGAGCUGGCCAACCGACUAGUCAAAGGCUUAGAGUCAGAGAAGGAGCGCUGGUCACAGGCAAGUGUUCAGUAUGAAAAGCAGCAGAAUACCCUGUGUGGUGAUGUCCUCAUCACUUCAGCAUUCGUCUCCUACAUGGGUUACUUCACCAGGCAGUACAGAGUGGAGCUCCUUCACAAGGCAUGGAUUCCUUUCCUUCAGUCUCAGAAGGUCUCUGUACCCCUGACAGACGGCCUGGAUCCAAUCCUCAUGCUUACAGAUGAUGCCACUGUGGCUGCCUGGCAUAACCAGGGCCUGCCAAAUGAUAGGAUGUCCACUGAAAACGCUGCCAUCCUGACCACCAGUGAGCGUUGGCCACUCAUCAUUGACCCACAGCAGCAGGGCAUUAAGUGGAUCCGAAACCGUCUCGGACCAGAGCUGAGGGUGGUGCAGCUGGGACAGAGAGGGUAUCUGGAUGUGAUUGAACAAGCCCUUGCCUGUGGUGAUACAGUUCUGAUAGAAAACCUGCCAGAAAAAGUAGACCCAGUCCUGGAACCUCUACUUGGCAGGAACACUAUCAAAAGAGGAAGGUACAUUCAGAUUGGUGGGAAGGAGUGUGAAUAUAACAGUAACUUUCAACUUAUCAUGCACACAAAGUUGGCCAAUCCCCAUUUUCCUCCUGAGCUCCAGGCUCAGACUGCACUCAUCAACUUCACAGUGACUCCUGUGGGCCUGGAGGAGCAGCUGCUGGGACAAGUAGUGUCCCGGGAAAGGCCAGAACUGGAAGCUCUAAAGAUGGAGCUAACCACACAGCAAAACAACUUCAAGAUUGAGCUCAAGAGGUUGGAGGAUGACCUGCUGAAUCGCCUCUCUGAAGCCCAGGGUAAUUUUCUGGGAGAUAUUUGUUUGGUGGAGCAACUUGAAAACACCAAGAACACAGCUGCUCACAUUCAACUCAAGGUGGUGGAGGCCAGAGAGAACGAGACAAAGAUCAACGAGGCUCGAGAACUUUACCGCCCAGCAGCUGAGAGAGCGUCACUCCUCUUCUUCAUCAUCAAUGACCUCAGCAAGAUCAACCCCAUGUACCAGUUUUCUCUCAAGACCUUUAACUCAGUGUUUGAAAAAGCAAUGGAGCGCGCAGAAUGGGACGAAGACGUGAGGACCCGAGUGCACACCCUCACUGAGGCCAUCACUUACUCUGUAUUCCUGCAGACCAGCCAGGGCCUGUUUGAGAGAGACAAGUUAACCUUCUUGUCACACACUGCCUUCCAGAUUCUGCUCAAGAAGGGCCGGAUCGAUCCACUGGAGUUUGACUUCCUGCUGCGAUUUCCCAUGGAGGCCAGUAAAGUUAGUCCUGUGCCCUUUCUUUCUCCUCACGCCUGGGGGGGCAUUAAGACACUCUCUACAAUGGAGGACUUUAGCGGACUAGACAAAGAAGUAGAGAGCUCACCAAAGCGCUGGAAGAAGAUCAUUGAGUCCAGCUGUCCUGAAAAGGAGAGACUACCCCAGGACUGGAAAAACAAAAGUUCCAUCCAGAAGCUCAUUAUCCUCCGAGUUCUCCGCCCUGAUAGGAUGACAUACACAUUAAGGAACUUUGUGGAGGAGAGCAUGGGGACAAAGUAUACGGACGCUGUCAGAUUGGAAUUCGAAAAGUUGUAUGAGGACAGUGGCCCGGCAACCCCGGUAUUUUUCAUCCUCUCUCCGGGAGUGGAUCCGCUCAAAGACGUAGAGAAACUAGGAUUGAAGCUGGGUUUUUCCAUUGACCAGGGCAGUCUGCACAACGUAUCCCUGGGACAGGGGCAGGAGGAAGUAGCUGAGAGGGUUCUGAAGAAUGCCUCUAAACUUGGACACUGGGUCAUUAUGCAGAAUGUGCACCUCGUGGCUCGCUGGCUGCCCUCUCUUGAUGCACUUUUGGAGACAGCAGCUGUAGACAGUCACCCAAACUUCAGGGUGUUCAUCACUGGGGAACCAGCUCCAAGCCCUGAGCACCAUGUGAUCCCCAGAGGCAUCCUUGAGAACGCCAUCAAAAUCACCAAUGAGCCCCCCACUGGUAUGAAUGCUAGUCUGCAUGCUGCCCUGAACAACUUCAGCCAGGACACUUUGGAUAUGAGCUCCAGAGAACAGGAGUUCAACUCUAUGUUCUUCUCCCUUUGCUUCUUUCAUGCCUGUGUCACUGAGCGCCGUAAAUUUGGCCCCCAGGGGUGGAACCAUAAGUACCCCUUCAGCACCGGAGACCUCACCAUUUCAUCCAAUGUGUUGUACAACUACUUGGAGGCCAACAGCAAAUCUAUGCAGGUGCCCUGGCAGGACCUAUGUUACCUUUUUGGCGAGAUCAUGUAUGGAGGACACAUCACUGAUGACUGGGAUAGAAGACUGUGUAGAACCUAUCUGCACGAGUUUAUGCAUCCAAAGAUGUUUGAAGGGGAGCUCUUUCUGUGCCCUGGCCUCCUUGCUCCACCAUUCAUGGACUACACUGGCUACCACAGUUACAUUGACGAACAUCUCCCACACGAGAACCCCACUCUGUAUGGUCUCCAUCCAAAUGCUGAGCUGGAAUGCCUCACUGUCGCCUCAGACAACCUCCUCCGGUCUCUGCUGGAGCUGCAGCCACGGGACUCCUCCAGAGGAGAGGGGGCCGCUCAGAGCACAGAAGAGAAGGUGAAGUCUGUUACUGAAGAUAUCCUUGAAAAGCUUCCUGAGGAGUAUAACAUGGCAGAGAUUAUCAAUAAGACAGCAAAGAGAAGUCCCUACAUCCAGGUCUGUUUCCAGGAGUGUGAGUGCAUGAAUCUUCUGCUCGUGGAAAUUAGGAAGUCCCUCAAUGAGCUGGAUCUUUGUCUGAAGGGAGAACUCACUAUGUCCUCCAGUAUGGAGACUCUGCAGUCGGCCUUGUUCAGUGACUCUGUUCCAGAUUCCUGGGUCAGACUGUCGUAUCCCUCCACCAAGACACUGGCACAAUGGUUUAGUGAUCUGAUGUGUAGCUGUCGAGAGCUGGACAGCUGGACUCAAGACCUGGUCCUUCCUGCAGUUGUUUGGCUCUCAGGGCUCUUCAACCCGCAGUCUUUCCUCACUGCUGUGCUGCAGAGCAUGGCUCGCAAGAAUCAGUGGCCCCUGGAUAAGAUGACGCUUACUGUGGAUGUAACAAAAAAGACAAAAGAGGACUUUGGACAUCCACCACGGGAGGGGGCUUAUAUUCACGGACUCUACAUGGAAGGAGCUCGCUGGGACACUCAGUCUGGACUCAUCUCUGAAGCAGUUUUGAGGGAUCUGACCCCAGCCAUGCCUGUGUUGUAUGUCAGAGCUGUGCCUGCAGAGGAGCAGGAGCUAAAGAAUACUUACAAGUGCCCGGUGUACCGCACGAAACAGCGUGGGCCCACUUAUGUGUGGACCCUCCACCUCCGGACCAAACAGCUGCCUGCCAAGUGGAUUGUUGCUGGAGUGGCUUUGUUGCUUUCUGUGUGAGUCAUUAGGGGAGUUUAGAUAUAUAUAUAUUUAUAAUAUUAACAUAUUAUGUUGCAAACAGUGUUAGAAACAGGAUAUUUUUCAAAGGAAGUGGUGUAUUCUUCACUUUUUGACACAGUAUUUAACCAUUUAAUGAUAUAAUUUAGCUUUUUUUUAAAUCAUGUUUUCUUCUAAUGACUAACUCAUCAUGCAUAAUGAUACACUUCUGAUGUUGUAUUACUUUCAUUGUUCCCAGUUUGGAUUAGACUUGAUAAUGCCGUGACAUUGUAGUCUGUGAUUGUGAGAUUAAAAGAUAAUGGAGACAAAGACACGGAGACGCAUGUUGAGCCAGAGCUGAACCUGUUGUGUUUGUGUCUCACACUGUUGAACGUCUCCCUUGAGAUGGUUCAGUCUGUCCAUGAUUUGUUGGGAGCUUAUGUCUCCAUUUUGGACCAUGUAAUUCUGGAUUGGGAGCAUAUUUUAUUGGAAGGUCAAGAUUAAAAAAGCUCUCCGGCUGCCCUCUACUAACUGAAUGAUACACAAUGCCGUCUGGAGGGUUCCCGGACAGAAUUCCCAGGAGAUGAUGUGCAUGGUUGCUAUUGACUUUUAAAUGAGGUGCAUUUGACAUUGACCUUUUGUACGCCUGAGGCAGAAUACUAACAGACUAGUGUAAUUCAUCCAGCCAGGCCUGUUGGAGAAACCUAUUCAAAGACACUGAUAGCUUUGUAUGAGAAGGAAACACAUUAGAUUACCCAUCCUUUAUCUGUCUGUGCUCUCUGUUAGCAUCUGAUUAACUUAAUAUGAACCAAAUAAAAGCUUCAACUCUGAAUAAU